ACUAAAGUAGCAUUUUGCGUAUUUUAAAAGCAUCAAAAUCUUACAUUUUCAACAAUGAUUAAUAUAAAAUGAGUGUUUUGCUUCUGUCUACUUCUUUCUUGUACAUUUGCUGCUGUGCAAUGUAUUGUACAUGAUUACAAAGUGGUUAAUUUUUAUUACUAGGUGGUAAGUAAUAAAACAAACAAUGAAAUCAUUAUCUACAACAAUUGAUGGGGGGGCCCAGGCCCCUGUAGGCCCCCCCUCAGAUACGCCCCUGCAGAGGUGAGGAACCAGCACUCAACAGUACAGGUAGGAGACUACCUGUACAUGUGGGGUGGAGAACAGUAUGAUCAUAGGCGGCUGCAAGGGCAGGCAAUGAGGGCAAUGCCCUACUAGAAUUUCUUACCGGAAGAUGACAUCAUCAUAAUUAGCAGUUAAUUAAUAAUUAUUUAGUAGUUAUUACAUGGAAUAUAGCUAUUUUAAUGACAAAAACUAUAUUAUUUUGCUCAACAAAGUGAUAAUUAGUGGAGAAUAAGCUGCUAACUGCAUGGUUAAUUCUUAGUAAGCUUCAUAGGUCCAUCAUAUCUUUGGUCACUUCAGGAAGACAUAAUCUACAGUAACCUGCAGCUAGAAUAACUGACUCCAUCAUAAAAGCACUUCAUUAUUAAUCAUCAUAGUCAGCUAGGACUCAUUCAACAGCUAAAUCACCUAGCUACUAAUACUCUAUCAUUGAUAGAGGUCUUUUAGGUACUGAAUUUUCUCCUUUUGAACACAAAAAUGGUAGAGUAACUCUUCAUUGAGAAUUUCAGAGCCUUUUUCAACUUGAUUUCACAAGACAUGUGGGUGUGGUCAUGGCCACACCUACAUUUUGACCACUCCCACUUUUAGCCACACCUUUGCCCUACUUGCAGUGAAAUCCUGCAGCCGCCUAUGAGUAUGAUCUCCCUGCAGUACACAAUAAUGAAGAGAAGAAAUCAUUUUGUUCUGUAGUGGAGGUGUGCCACCUACCAACUGGUACGUGGGUACAAAAGCCUACCACUGGUGACCCUCCUCUUGGCGUCUCUCAAUAUGCUGCUGCUGUCAUUAGAAAUGAAAUAUUCUUUUUUGGAGGCUAUUGUGGUCAUGAUAUAUGUGAUCACAAUAGUUUAUGCAGGUAAAGAUGAUAAUUACUGAUAAAUGUUGUAUAAUAUGUAGGUUUAACACUGACUAGGAGGUGUUAAACCGAUGCAAACAAUGAAUGCUGUGCAGGGGCAUUGUGGCAGAUUGCGUAUUUUAUAGAGCAUUAAUGGCAGCUUGGAAUACUUUUUAGUUGGCAAGAAGAAUGUUGAAGAUUUGACUGGAUAAAGCUAUCAUGAGCAAACCUUAUGCUAAUGACCCUAGGAUGGCUUUGACUGAUGAUGGAGCCAAACUCUGGACCACUGGAUCAUGGAGCCAGUUUUUAAUGUUGAUACCUUCAAUUGGAAGGAACUCUCUCCUACUACAUCUCAUCAUGGUCCUUCCAUGAAGUUUUUCUGUGGCAUGGCAGCAAUAAAAGUGAAUGAUGAGUACUAUCUUGCUAUAAUUGGAGGAUGUGCACCAUCUUCUAAUAAUACCCCACCACAACCUGGUGCCCAGUACAUGGAAGAUGAUGGCUAUCGAGAUUGUAAUGAAGUACAUAUGUACAGAUUAAAAACUGGUGAAUGGACUUCACCAACUGUCACUGGAGACAGACCACCUCCUAUUUAUGACCUCACUUUAACAUCAAUAACUAAUACCACUGCUGUGUUGUUUGGUGGUGAUAUUGGUAGUUGUAGAAAGAGUAAUGAUGUAUUUACAUUUGAAUUUACUGAUACAUCAGUGAAAUGUAAAAAGUUUUCUAAUCCUGGAGGAUCAGUACAAUGGCCUAAGGAGAGAUAUGGUCAUUCCAGUGUAUUGAUCAACUGUAGCUCAGGACCAUACCUACUAGUGGUGGGUGGAUUUAAUUGCCAAAUUACCAAGGACUGUUGGUUGUUAAAUAUAAACAAAAUGGAAUGGAAAGAACUAGCUAAUAUACCAGACAGUGUCACGGACAGACGUUGGCAUUCUCUCUCAGUUUGGGGUGAGACACAGACCACUCACUGGAUAAUUGAGUUUGGAGGAGAGAGAGGUGAUCAUUCAAUAAUCAGUGAUACAAGAUUUAUUGAAAUCAUAUCUAGUACUAGUGAUUUGGUAAUACAGUCAGUACUGGACAUUAAUGAAUAUCAGAAGAGAAGAAUACAAGAUUAACAUGACUCAAUUACAUGAAGCAGCUACUAAGCAAAAGAUUGAUACUGUCAAUCUAUUACAAUAAUUAUCUUAUUUACUGUACUGGAAAAUUUACUCAAUAUAUAAAUACCUAUUAGUGUAAUAGCAAAAAAAUUUAAAAGUAUGACUAAUACAAUUCAACAACUGAUUCCCUAACUAGUACUGAGUUUGACAUCAGUAGAACUUGGCACGGUUUCUCUUUUUUACUGAUCAACAGU